AUGGGAUGCCAGACGUGUUUCCGUGGAAACGGGGAGUGUGACAUAUUUGAGCAGGGACGCUGGGGGACCACUUGUUCGGCGAACUGCAGCACCGGAUGUUCCCCCUCGGCUUACGAGAGAAUAUACUGUAACAAGACUUCCGGUGUAUGCGUAGUUGGCGCGUGCUCACCGGGAUUCUACAAUAUCGACUGUACCGCGAGAUGCGACGUGCACUGUAGGACGGAUGGGAACGGAAAACGGAACUGCAACUUUCUUACCGGAGUUUGUCGAGACGGCUGCGAGGCCGGGUUCUACAGCGACUUCUGUGAUAAAUCUUGCGGAGAAAACUGCCAGGGAAAUGUGUGUGAGCGCACCGGUCAGUGUUUCCGCGACCUUGGUUGCAGGCCUGGGUUCUACGGACCCACUUGCAGCCUCAACUGUACUACAACCUGUACUGACGACGCUUGUAACAUAGAUGAUGGCAUGUGCGAUGAGUGCAAGAAGGUCGCCGAGUUACAAACACCGCUGUGCAGAUCCGCUGUUCCUGCCACCGUUAUUCGGCGAAGUGUGACGUAUGUCCUGCCGGCUACUGGAAUCUCACCUGCAACAGCCGAUGUGGGCAGUGCUCCAUCAACGUAUGUAACCAGACCACCGCCGUUUGCCUUGGAGACUGCAAUCCCGGUUACUAUGGCGACACGUGCAACACGUCAUGUCCGUUCCCGGGCGCCGCAACGUGUGAGAGACUCAGAGGCGCGAGCCACGUGCAGUAACACGUGCGGACGCAUGACGCUCAUAUGUGACUCGUGCAAACCCGGCUACAAUGGUAACCAGUGCGAGUCACGUUGUCUAAACUGCGAUCAAGGCACGUGCGCACAGUCUACGGGCACGUGCGACCUACGAUGCGUGGACGGGUUCUACACAGACACGAGCUCGAAACCAUGUUUACAACCGGGCUGUUUGUCAUGUCAAAGGCAAAGCGGACAAUGUGUCACGUGCAAGACGGGCCUGUACGGAACCAACUGUGACCUCAACUUUCGCUGCGACUUCACUUCCGGAACUUGUACAGAAGGCUGCAUCGACGGACGGUUUGGACCCAUGUGCGAGCGCCAGUGCAAUCAGACCUGUGCCGGAAGUGCAAAGCGCUGCCAGAGAGACGGCGUGUGUAGCGACGGUUGCAUUAAUGGUUACUAUGGGGACUAUUGUCAGCACGCGUGCGCGGAUACCUGCACGGAUAAUACGUGCGACCGGAAGUCAGGCAUCUGCGCGGACUGUCUACAGGAUCGCACGCCCCUCUGCCGCGACGCAGUGUGCCCCGCAACAACCACUGGACUCUACUGUAACCAGACUUGCCCUCAGAACUGUCUCAACGGCCUCUGCAACCGCUACACUGCCCGAUGUGACGCAUGCGCAAACGACUGGUGGGGCGCAAACUGCGCCUCAGUAUGCGGAAACUGUAUGGGCGACAAGUGUAACCAAGAUACGGGUGCCUGUGCGAGCGGAUGUGACGACGGGUAUUAUUCAUUGACCUGUACAACGCCGUGCAGGUACUCCGGUUGUCAGGCGUGUGAUAACCUCGGGGAAUGCGUCUCUUGCAAGCAAGGCAAAUACGACACCCUAUGCAGUCUGAACUGUAGCGACAAAUGCCUUCCACGGGCAGCGGACGGACGCGUGUACUGCGCUAGGGAGAAUGGAGUCUGUAGUGAAGGCCAGUGCGUCCCUGGUUACUUCAGAUCAACAUGCACGGAGCGAUGCAAUUGCAACUGCGGUAUGAACUCCCUGUCUAUACGUUCGUGUAAUAUCGACACCGGACGUUGCACAGAGGAAUGCGAGCAGACAUGGUUCGGACCCAGCUGCGACAUCAGGCGCCCAGUGAACUGCACUAAUCAAAACUGUAACAGGACGGGGGAGUGUCGCCAAGGGUGCAAUGCCGGAUAUUGGGGUGCAAGGUGCGAGCUGACAUGCACAGUAACGUGUAACGAUGGAACCUGCGACCAAGCACUCGGGUCUUGUCUUGAAUGCAACAAACCCAAUCCUACCCUGCUGUGUCGUGAUGCAGGAUUGUACGGACCACAGUGUUCGCUGAUCUGCGGAAAAUGUUCUCCAAUGAGAUGUGACCAAAACACAGGCUCGUGCAGCGUCUGUCAGAACGGUUACUACGCCGGCGGAUGCAACACCCCGUGCCUGUUCGCGAACUGUGACACUUGCAACAAAGACAGCGGCCAGUGCAGUACGUGCAAGACUGGUUUCUACGGAACCCGGUGUGACCUGAGUUGUAGCCCUAACUGCGCCGCUAACAUCAACGGUGUGAUAUCGUGCAGUAAAGAUCUCGGGCUCUGUGAUGAGCAGAGAUGCAGGCCGGGAUACUGGGACACCACGUGCACUAUUCAGUGCAGCGCCACCUGUCUAAGGGACAGCGCCGGUAACCGGAUAUGCCAGUUCAGCAACGGCACUUGUAUCGUGGGAUGUGAGGAUACCUACUUCGGGUCGGAGUGCGGUCAGAGCUGCAGCGCCGCCUGUGUAGCCAGACAGUGCGGUCGCACAGGUGUGUGCUCCGCCCAGGGUUGUGUAACGGGUCGCUAUGGUGACAGAAUGCGGAGCACGCCUUACAGGUUUGUUUUGCAACGUGUCAUGUCCGACAAACUGCCAGGGUGUAUGUUGCCGCUAUACGCAGAAAUGCACCGCAUGUCAGAGCGGUUACUAUGGAAACACAUGUCAGAGCACACGUGUUUCCGUGGAAACGGGGAGUGUGACAUAUGUGAGCAGGGACGCUGGGGGACCACUUGUUCGGCGAACUGCAGCACCGGAUGUUCCCCCUCGGCUGACGGGAGAAUCUACUGUAACAAGACUUCCGGUGUAUGCGUAGUUGCGGCGUGCUCACCGGGAUUCUACAAUAUCGACUGUUCCGCGAGAUGCAACGUGCACUGUAGGACGGAUGGGAACGGAAAGCGGAACUGCAACUUUCUCACCGGAGUUUGUCGAGACGGCUGCGAGGCCGGGUUCUACAGCGACUUCUGUGAUAAAUCUUGCGGAGAAAACUGCCAGGGAAAUGUGUGUGAGCGCACCGGUCAGUGUUUCCGCGACCUUGGUUGCAGGCCUGGGUUCUACGGACCCACUUGCAGCCUCAACUGUACUACAACCUGUACUGACGACGCUUGUAACAUAGAUGAUGGCAUGUGCGAUGAGUGCAAGAAGGUCGCCGAGUUACAAACACCGCUGUGCAGAUCCGCUGUGUGCUAUCCCAACGCUACAGGCUAUUUCUACGGGACAAACUGCGAGGUACGUUGUCCACUGAACUGCGUAAGUUCCUGCCACCGUUAUUCGGCGAAGUGUGACGUAUGUCCUGCCGGCUACUGGAAUCUCACCUGCAACAGCCGAUGUGGGCAGUGCUCCAUCAACGUAUGUAACCAGACCACCGCCGUUUGCCUUGGAGACUGCAAUCCCGGUUACUAUGGCGAAACGUGCAACACGUCAUGUCCGUUCCCAGGCGCCGCAACGUGUGAGAGACUCAGAGGCGCGAGCGUAACGUGCAAGCCGGGUCUGUACGGUCAGAACUGCCUGUCGAAUUGCAGCAGGAAUUGUGUCCCUUCAUCGGGCGGCCAGAUCACGUGCAACAAGUUGUCGGGCUCGUGCGACUCCCAGCAGUGUGCCGACGGAUUCUACAACCCGUUCUGUACCGGGCUAUGCGAAAACACUUGCUUGCUAGUAGGUAGCAACGCGUUUGGAGCGUGCAACGUCACUUCCGCUGUUUGCCUGUACGGGUCCUGUCCUGUAGGCAAACACGGCCUUUUUUGUGAAUACAACUGUUCAAGCACGUGCAGUAACACGUGCGGACGCAUGACGCUCAUAUGUGACUCGUGCAAACCCGGCUACCAUGGUAACAUGUGCGAGUCACGUUGUCAAAACUGCGAUCAAGGCACGUGCGCACAGUCUACGGGCACGUGCGACCUACGAUGCGUGGACGGGUUCUACACAGACACGUGCUCGAAGCCAUGUUUACAACCGGGCUGUUUGUCAUGUGAAAGGCAAAGCGGACAAUGUGUCUCGUGCAAGACGGGCCUGUACGGAACCAACUGUGACCUCAACUGUAGCGCAUAG